ACAUACAUUUCCUUCAACUUUUUUUAAAUUAAUGUGACAUAUAAUACGGCUUAACCAAGAUGUCUAAAGAGGGCAACGAAAAUGCAUGCAGCUCAAAUCAGCAUAAUAAUAACAUAAGUAGUGAAGCCGUUAUAAUUAAUGAACUGAAUCAUUAUGAUGAACAAGACAGAACGGAUGAAAUGUCAACAAGGCAAAGAGAAAUGGAAGAAUUUAGAGAAGUGCUUGAAGAUGGGCUUGAUGAAAUUUUAUUGCAAGCACUACUUGAAUUUGAAAAUCAGGAGAUAAAGAAAAAAGAAUUGAAAGAAGAAGGGAAAAAAGAUAAGAAACGAAAAGAUAUAAGUGAUGGUGAAAAGAAGAAUAAGAAAAAUAAAAAAAAAUAA